CUGUUGAUCCACCUGGAGCAGAGCAACCACGACGGACUGCAGGGUGAGACGGCAACAUGGGAGGUUUCUGCUCCAGCGAAAAGAUGGCAGGAGUUUUCUCCUAUGAAAGUUCAGAAAUCGACUGGUGUGAAGACAACUACAAACACUCCGAACAUAUAGUGGAGUACUUCAACACUAUUAGCAGCUUUUUCUUCUUCAUUAUAUCUCCCAUCAUGCUCUAUCUUCUGCACCCUUAUGCCAAAGAGAGGAACCUGGCGAUUCACAUGGUCUGGACCAUGAUGAUAUUUGUAGGGCUCUUCUCGGCGUACUUCCACAUGACUCUUAGUUUCGUUGGCCAGAUGUUGGAUGAGCUGUCCAUCCUGUGGGUGUUGGCGAUGGUAUAUGUAGUCUGGUUCCCCCGCAGACUCUUCCCUUCUUUUAUUAAAGACAGGUCCACCUUUUCAAACCUUGUCCUGGUGAUUACUAUCGUCUCCACGCUGUCAUCCUUUGUCAAACCUACAGCCAACGCCUACGUUUUUAAACUGCUUGGCAUUCAUAUGGUUUACAUGCUGGCUGUUGAGAUGAAAUGCUGCACUGACCAGAAGGCUUUGCGUCUCUGCAAGGUGUCGGUGGCUCUGUGGGUGCUCGCUGUCUCCUGCUGGAUUAGUGACCGCUUUGGAUGCAGCUUUUGGCAGAGUCUGAAUUUCUGCUACCUGCACGGUAUCUGGCACAUUCUGAUAGUGAUAGCAGUGGCCUAUGGGCACCACCUGAUAGCUUACCUUGAUGCCAGCUAUGAGAUCCCGUACUCUCUGCCGGUACUGCAGUACUGGCCCUGUGAUAGAUGGGCUGUUGGAAUACCUCACAUUGUCCUGAAGGGCACGACCAAAACACAGAAACGGUGCUAACAAAGUCAUGUGUAACGUCGGCAGCACAUCUGCAUUAGCACACUUCAUGUGUUCAUAGAGGCUUCUACCUUAAAGACACAAUCUGUGAGGAAAUAGUCGCAUAGAAUAAUGAUAACAUAGGAUUAUGACUUGAUCACAUAAGAUUGUUUUCUGAUUCCGUUAAAAGAUUGUUACACUAGCUGGAUUACCAAAUGGGCCUACUGGGGUCCGAGUUGGGUUGAGUUAUGCAGGUUUUAACAGAACUCAUUUGCACAUUAACGUCUGAAAACAAAGAUAUUUAUAUACCAUGCCAGUAUAAGAAAGUGCUAAAAAUAUUUGUGUUGAUAAUGAAAAGGGGGAGCUUGAGAUAAAAGUGAAAAAUGAUGCACUAAAAAUGUGAGAUCGAACUGUGUUUAUGUCUUUGCCAAGAGGCCCAUUGUUUAAUAUGCCCUCUAUUUUUUACAUUAAUAAUCAUUGUCGACACAAGGCUAUUGCAAUUCUUAAUCUAUGAGACACACAAAGUAUUUUUGUAUAAUCUACAGCAUGUUUCAGAGUUUAAAUAAAUUGUAUUGAAAUAAAAACAUUAUUUAUAUGUA